CCCCCCCAUCGAUACCGAGUUCCAUAAGCUAUUCGACGAUGGUCCGUCUCAACCUACUCGCUGCUGUGCUCUCUGCUCUCGCCCUCGUCUCGAACGCUGUGUCCAUCAGCGGACCUGGCUCUGCCCCAGACCUCAGCAGCGUCAACAUCGUCAACGAGCUUCCCGCCGGAGCGACUGCCUACGGAUCGGACAACGACACGGACUGGACUGUCGCGUACGACAAGGACUUCAAGGCGCUCGGGCGCCUCAAGAACGAGGACUUCCAUGCGCUCAUCAACCCGAAUGCGAGCUCGACUCAUCUGGCCUCGAGACAGACACCGAUCGGUGGCCGGUGCACUGGCUUGUCGGUCAGCGAGCUCCAGAGUCUUCCCGCUUGGCCCAACCUGGUGCGGUACGUGAAGGACACGCUUUCGUCCACCGUCAGCUACAAUCUGUGGACGACAUGGGACGGAGUGACUCAAGCAACAGCCUGCGUCGACGAGGGCAUCGUCUCUGUCGAACGCACCGGGCAAGCUCAAUGCAACACCGACGAGCAGACCUUUGACGGGAACACCGUCGGCCGCAGUGGUGUCAUCACUCUGUCGGUCGUGUCUGGGUCGUCGACCACGGCUACGGAGUCCGUGACCAGGGCCUCGACUAUCGGUCUGAGCUACACUGCCAGUGUCACAAUCGGCGUCCCAGGCAUUGGCGAAGGCAGUGUGUCCUACACUGCUGCUGCCUCGUUCACCAAUGAGUUCGGAACAACCUUCGAGAAGAGCAUCAAGAAGGAGAGCACCCGUUCCGUGGCUCUCAACUCAGAGCCCGGAGACUACUGUUCCAUGCUGAUCACCACCACUACUUGCUAUCAGCCAUCCCGCGGCCGUAUUGGCUUCGUGGCGGACGGCUACGUCCGCUUCGGCUUCAACUCUCGCGUCAAGGAUCACUACUACUGGCACAUCCCCAUUGACAGGGAGUCGCGGGCGCAGCGCACCUCGUACAUGGAGUUCACCGGCUCGAUCAACUCGCACGGAUAUGGGAGGUACCGUGCCGAGUGCAAAAAGUGAGAGCGCUCGAGAGUUGCCACGGGGGAACACAUCUCUUUCGAUACGUCGGGCUCGCAUGUACUUGUCAACUGUGCUGUGACAUGAACAUGGCUUUUUGGAAAUGCCGCAGGAAUCCGGCGCGGGAUUUUACGUCGGUCAGCAUUCGGGUCAAGUGACUCAAGUCUAGUUUAGAA